ACAAGCAGAUGAGACAGCGACUGGGUAGGGUAAAUAAAUGGCAGUUGUUAAGCAAGGCUUGCCGGCGGUUUGCUGCUUUGACUACUAAGUUUUGGAGCCGCGUUUAAGGGCUCCUAGACUGAAAGCCUUUUUGGUUUUUCUUCAUGACAUAAUCUGCCUUUUAUCACACCAGCAGAUACAUUCCCUGUCAUGAGGAUUAAAAGGCAAAAUGGGGAUGUGCUGGUGCAACUUGGACCCAAAUGUCAAGCCUAUCCUGAGGAGUUAAUUCGGCAACGUCGUGGUCACAAUGGGUGUAGUGAGUACUUGAUCCGCUGGAACAUCCUUUGCUUGGAUAAUGAUACAGAAAACAGUGUCGAAGCUUCUUCAGUUGAAGGUAAAAAACAGACAAUCUUGAUGUGGAUGUCGUCAGAGGACAUAUAUGCCAACUGUCCAACAUUACUAGGCCAGAGGAAGCCCAAGGAACAAGUGAUAGAACAGAAUGUAUCUAACUUAUUCCCUCCUGAAGACACUUUAGAUGAAGCUUCUCUUACAGAGAUGAAAGCUGAUGUCAGGAACCUGGUGCAGCGAGCUUCCUGGCAACUAGCAAGCAUCCCUGUUCCACAGUCAUCUAUACUGAAUACCAUCCAUAUACUCAGUGCUUAUGCCAGUAUUGGCAAAUUGAUGACUAUCUUCAAGGAGACCGGGGCCCUUACUCUUCUGAUGAAGAUGCUGUGUAAUGAGGAAAAGCAUAUCCGUUGUAGUGCUGGGAAGAUGCUGAGAGCUUUGGCUUGUCAUGAUGCAGGAAGCAGAGCCUAUGUUCUUCUGUCCCUGAGCCAGCAAGAUGGUAUUGAACAACACAUGGACUUUGAUAGUCGCUAUACCCUCCUUGAGCUGUUUGCAGAAACAACAUCCUCUGAAGAGCAUUACAUAUCUUUUGAAGGGAUUCCUCUUCCUCAGAUUCCAGGAAAACUGCUGUUUUCUCUAGUAAAGCGUUAUCUAUGUGCUACCUCUCUCAUGGACAAACUCAACAACAUCACAGAGUGGGGAGAUGAACAGGACCAUUGCAUGCCCUCCAGUACAGAUUCAAAGAGAAAGAAGAGAAUGCAAUGUGAAUUUGACUUCAGCAUGGCUAUGGCCCACUUCAUUUCAGAGUUAAUCCAGGUUAUGGGAUGGAAUCAGAAUCAAGAGCUUCACUCACACAGACGAAAGAAACGAUGUCAGUCAAUCUUCCAGCCCCAAAUUCCAACCAUCCCAUCAGCUGCAGAGAUUCCCCAGAAAGAAAACUGUGCUUUCAAGUUGUCCUCAGCCUUUCCUAGUCGUAAGAGCUAUGUGGAAUAUGUGCGAGAUACAUUGGUACGUGGCAUGCAUGUGCGUAUGCUGGAAAAUUAUGAGAAAGUCUCUGCAGGAGAUGAAGGCGAGUUUCUUCAGAGCAAUAAUGGCACACCACCUGUACAGGUUCAUUGGGAGUCUCUGGGCCGCACGUACUGGGUUCCUUGGCACAUGGUUGAGAUUGUUGGUUCAUCAAGAAAUGUAGAGCAGAAAGCCCAGGAAAAGGUAUCAACUCUUAGAGAGCUUCUGAGACAAAACACAGUUAACCAGCCAAGAUAUUGCCAACCGCUCAAAGAAUUAUAUACUUUACCAAGCCUUACGGAUUUGAAUAAAGACUGUGGUACUCUAAGUCAAGCUGAAUGGUGGGAGCUACUUUUCUUCAUUAACAAGCUAGAACUCCAUAAGCAUCAAGAAGUUGUUCAUUUCAUCCAGCAGAAUCAGAAGGUAACUCUGGUAAUAAACUGCAAAAGGAACACUGUGCUUUUAUUCUCUCUGCAUUUCAAGCUAUCAAGACUAAAUGAAGAGGAUCUGAUCCAGAUGUGUGUUUCAGUAGAGUUGGCUCAGAAAAUACUGCAGCUCCUGAACAAGCAUUGUCAGGGCACCACUCAAAUUGAUCUGCAGAACUCCCAUGUCUAUUUCAAAUAUUUCUUUAGCAAGGGAGGUACAGAGCAGAACUGCCCAAAUGCAGAAAUGCUCUCUGCAAAUUACGGUGACCUUUCUGAAGCCCUGAAGCCCAAAAAAACAAAAGAAGAUACACUGCCUGAUAGAGUGUCUUCUCCAACUCCAUUUGCAGCAAAGGAAAGUGACAGACGGCUGAGUAACACAUUUCCCAAACUAGAAGGGCUCUUAUUUCCAGACACAUUGGAUGAGAAAGUCAAAGCUUUCUGCAGUGUGAAGGUGGCCAGAAAGAAAAGCACCCUGGAGCAGCUGGAGGAUGCCAUGGAGAUGAUCCAGAAGUCCAGCUGUGACAUUGAGCUAAAGCUGGCAGGUCUUAAAUUUAUCAUUACGAUUUUGGAGGAAGAAGAGGAAUCUGGGCAAGGGAGACAGAUUGCCACAGCAGAGAGUGAAUUUGCCAUUAGGGAGAGAAUUGUGAAGAUACUGAUGGACCCGAGCCACCAUGUAAAGGAAAACCUGCUUACAGUAUUGGGGUUCCAAGUGCUAUAUCUGCUCAUGGCAGAAUAUGAUUGGCAGAUGCUCAUUGCAACCAAAGGGGGGCUGCAUCGUGUGCUGCACUGCAUGAAGGAGAACUCCACAUCUGUGCUGGUUCAGCAGGCUGGUCUAGCAGUACUGAAGAUCCUGUUGGAUGUGGAGAACUAUAAGUUACCAAGGGCCUGUGGGAAGCUCCAACCUUUGGACAACUCAGGAUUCCAGACAAUGCAACAGGUCUUGGUCAGCAUUGAUUCUGCUUCUAGCAAGGACAUUGGCAACUUACUAUGUGUCAUUCCUGCUGCACUUGAGAAGAUGUUGGGCACACCUGGAGCCUCAGCAGCAGUUCAGGAUGGGCUUCUAGUGCUCAGCAAGUUGCUUGAUUAUGAUAAGACCCUGGCACAGCAACUAGAAAACGCUACUCUUCGUAGUGCCCUUUGGAACUUCUGUCACUCGGGCCAAAGCUCAGACACAGCCAUGGCUCACAAGAUGCUCACCCGUCUGCCUGAACACAAACUGCCCCUGAAUAAACAGGAUGCAGACUCUGCAGCCUUCUUUAAUCUUCAUGAUACGAACAUCACAAAGCUACUGAGUAGUAUGCAGACAAACAGUGUUUGGAAGGAGAUGGCAGUGAUGCUGCAGUGCUUCCUCUCUGACAAAGAUACUUUUUUUGAGGAAACUAGCCAUGAAUUUCAGGCAAAUGUGCCAGUUCAGAAAGACUUGACAAAGCAGGAUUCUGAAAAAGAAAUACAACUGGGAAUGUUAAGGCUUUUGAGCAAGUGUUUGGAUAGUUCAUGGAAGGAUGUAGUAUCCUGGCAUAAGUGCAUUGAGCCUUGCUUGUCUUCCAUAAAUAGCCACAUAAAUGAUCGAGAGAUUGUUCAAGAGUUCAUUAAAUUCUUAUACCGUCUGGCCUUCGUCAACAAAGACUGUGCUGUUGUAAUGUGCUCUUCCGGCAUUAAGGAAGCCUUGAGCAAAGCUGUGGAGAAACACAGCUCCAACCUUUCUCAAGUGACAGAACUGAAGGACCUCAUGAAUAACUGUGAGAAGCCUGCUAGCCUCUAUCAGAAGUUGACAGCCACCAUCCUGGCUGGUUGCAUCCAGAUGGUUCUAAAUCAGAUAGAAGAACACAGGCAUAGCCAUCAGCCAAUCAACGUUCCAUUUUUUGAUGCAUUUCUGCAUUAUCUUUGUCAUGGUGAGCAUAUUCAAUGAAGUAAGGAAGACAAGUGUUGGGAAAGAGUAGAAGUCUCCUCCAAUUCUCAACUGGCCGAUAAGUUAGUGGAUGGAAAUGUCAAAACCUACUGGGAGUCAGAUGGCAUCACUGGAUCCCACUACAUCAAUGUUUACAUGCAUCAGGGUGUCAUAAUCCAGCAGAUGUCACUACUGGUUGCCAGCGAGGAUUCGAGCUACAUGCCCGCUCGGAUUACAGUUAUGGCAGGAGAGAGCAGUUCCAGCAUCAACACCAAGCUCAAUAUGGUAAAUGUCCCACCUUUAUCUACCAGAGUGAUCCUGUUGGAGAACAUGACCCGCUUCUGGCCUAUCAUACAGAUCAAGAUUAAGCGUUGCCUACAGGGUGGCAUUGACACACGUGUGCGUGGCAUCGAAGUGAUGGGCCCCAAGCCCACCUUCUGGCCCAUCUUCAGGGAGCAGCUGUGCCAGCGCACACACCUCUUCUAUGCUACCAAAGCACACACUUGGUGUCAAGAAAUUUCAGCAGACCAGAUGCAGUUGCUGCAACUUUUUAACAGGUUGAACAGUGCCUUGUGUCACGAGCAAGUAUUUGCCGAUCGCUUCCUUCCUGAUGACGAGGCUGCCCAGUUUCUAGGCAAGACCUGUUGGGAGGCCCUAAUCACUCCCUUGGUGCAGAGAAUCACUUCUCCAGGCCCCGAUGGUACCAGCCCCCUGACUUGGCUCCUAAGCCAAUACUUGGAAAACCUGGAGGUAGCCACAAGCCAGAAUAUUUCCUUUAAUUCCCGUGUUCGACGUUUGAGCCAUCUGCUGGUACAUGUAGAUCCCAGGGGCCCUGAGCCUGAAGAACUGAUGUCUCCUAUUCAAUGCAAUAGGAAGAAUACCAAGUAUAAGGAGUUCAGGUCAGCAACUCUAAAGGUGACCGUGAAAAAAUCCACCAGUUUGAUAAGCAUCACACAGUGCUGGAAAGAUGUUGUGCAGCAGCAGGUGAAACAGUUCUUGAAGUCCUUUUGGAAGGCCCCUGACUUUGUGGAACGAUACCGUAGCAUCUACCAGCACCUCCGUACAGCCAUGGAGGAGUUGUUUGGGCAGAAGAUGUCCUUCUUGUUGGCCUUGCGCAAUGGCUUCUCUGAAGGAUUGGUACAGCUGCCCUUCUCGUCAGCUGCCCAUGUGAGCAAGAAGUUUGCCCAAUACAUUGACCAAUGGAUCCGAGACAGCUGGACAGACUCAACUAACACAGAAAAUGUGCAGCGUCUGCAACAGAGCCUUGAGCCCAUCAGUUUCCUGGCAGAAUUGGAAUUGGCCAACAUUUUUGAACAUUUCUAUCGUUUCUAUCUAGGAGAUCGUCUUCUGUCUCAAGGGAAGACGUGGCUGGAAUCUGCUGUAGUGGAGCAAAUUGGACUCUGCUUCCCCAGCCGUUACCCUCAGCAGAUGCUGAAGAACUUGAGUGAGCUGGAGCAGCAGCAGCAGGAGUUCCACCUUUUUCAGCUCCAGCAGCUUGACAAACAAUUUCUGGAAGUUGAUCAGCAAGGAAGAUUGAAAGAAGAGGGAGAUAGAGAGGAGAAGUCAUUCUCACUGGAGGAAGAAGCAGAGGUGAAGGUAUUGCUCUUGUCUUCCUUCUGCUGGACCAUCCCUCCACUGUGCUACCUGAAAGACCCUAUUAGGUUUUUUCCCUCGUCUCUCAGUCAGCACCUGAGGAAGUUUGCAGAUUUCUACAUCCAGAGUCAGAGCUGCUUCGGGUUGGAGCAUACAAAGCCACCACGCUUACAGUGGACUUGGUUGGGCCAUGCAGAGCUGGAUUACCAAGGCUGUAUCCUGCAGGUGUCCACCCUGCAAAUGUACAUUCUUCUGUGUUUCAAUAGUGCUCAGGAAGUUUCUGUGGAGACACUAUUAGAAGUCACAGGUCUCUCCCGUGUCUUCCUAGGUCAUGCACUGAAACCCCUGACAAAGAAGAAUGGGAUCCUCUCCCAGAGACAGAGUAUUUUAAGACUGAAUGAGGAGGUACUAGGCCAUGUGUCUGGUCAGCGCCUGUGCCUCUUGCCCAAAACGAUGUACCUGAAUGUGGAAGAAAAAGUAUGCCCUGCUUUGGAGGAAAAAAGGAACUUCAUCUGCUGCCUCCUCAACCAGAUCCUGAAGGAGGAGAAGGAGAUGCAUAUCAACAGCCUGGUAUUCAAGGUAAUCGAUGCCUUCCACAAACAGAGGCAUGGAUCACCUUCAGACUUCUUGGGAAACGUCUGCAGCAGUGCAGAUGUCCUCGCUUGUAUCUUGUAUUUGCUAAAUCAGGGCUUUGUCCAGCGCCAAGAAAAUUUUCCACAAUUUUUACAAUAUGUAUGUGUGGAUAGUCCAACCCCAGCGGUGCCAAAGAACCAGCCUCAAGUAGUAUUUCAGACUGUGCAAAUCAAAAAAGUGCCCAGUAUGCCUUGUAUGGAGAAGAAACAGACAUUUUCUACAUUUAGAUAAAAUUGGUGUGGGUG